AUGCUGCCAGCACAGAUGAAUGUUGCCAGCGGUGGCAGCUCCCUCACGUGGAAAGUGUGGGCGCUGCAUGCAUCACCACCGAGUCAUAGCCUCUACCUCCACCCCGCCAUCCUUUCUUUCCCACCGCGCCGUCCUCUCUCCCUUCCACCCGCCGUCGCCUCCCACCCGCCGUCGCCUCUCCUUCCUACCCGCCGUCGCCUCUCCUUCCUACCCGCCGUCGCCUCUCCCUCCUCCUCGCCGUCGCCUCUCCCUCCUCCCCUCCGUCGCCUCUCCCUCCUCCCCGCCGUCGCCUCUCCCUCCUCCCCGCCGUCGCGUAUCCCUCCUCCCCGCCGUCGCGUAUCCCUCCUCCCCGCCGUCGCCUCUCCCUCCUCCCCGCCGUCGCCUCUCAAACCUCCUCGUCAUCGCCUCUCCUUCCCUCCCCGCCGUCGCCUCCGGCGACAGGUGCACGAGCGCAAGCGAGACUUGGUGUGCGAGUGCAGGUUGGUGCGCGAGCGCGGGUUGGUGCGCCAGCGCGGGUUGUUUUCUGAGGCACCGUUGUUAUCAGUUUCUGUGUAG